GUGGAGGACGUUACAGUGAAAGAAGAAUAUGCCGUUUUUGGAGUGAAAAAGGAGGAGGAGGAGAUGACCGUCACAGUGAUAGGAGUGGAAGAAGCUUUCAUGGUGAAAGAGGAGGAGGAGGAUGUUUCAGUGAAGGAAGAAGAGGACGUUUUUGGAAUGAAAGAGAAGAGUGAUGAAUUAAAGGAAGAGGGGAAGACUGUCACAUUGAAAAAGAAGGAGGAUGAAGAAAAAGAGGAGGAGACUAGAUGUCUGAUUAACACCAUAGAGAGACCAGACUCUUGCUCCGACAGCGGGAAGAAUCCUUCAGGGGAACCAGACCAAGAGAAGCCCAAACCAGCAAGACCACAUCACUGCUCCUACUGCGGAAAGGGUUUUAGGUGGUUAGGGAAGCUGAAAGACCAUGAAAGAAUCCACACUGGAGAGAAGCCGUACCAUUGCUCUCAGUGCGAAAAGAGUUUUAUCCGGUUAUGGGACCGGAAUAUGCAUGAGAGGACACACACAGGAGUGAAGCCUUACAAAUGCUCAAAAUGUCUAAAACGUUUUGCUCAAUUGAGGGGCCUGAAAAUGCAUGAGAGGAUACAUACAGGGGAGAAGCCUUACCACUGCUCCCAGUGCAUAAAUAGAUUUUUUUCAUCAGCGGGCCUGAAAAAACAUGAGUGGACACACACAGGAACAAAACCUUACCUCUGCUCCCAGUGUGGAAAAGAUUUUAUCCAUGCAGGUCAACUGAAAGAUCAUGAGAAAAUACACACAGGAGAAAAGCCUUACCACUGCUCUCAAUGUGGAAAGAGAUUUAUCAAUGUAUGGAACCUGAAAAAGCAUGUAAUAAUACAUACAGGAGAGAAGCCCUACCACUGCUCCCAGUGUGAAAAGAGUUAUGCCCAAUCAGGGGACCUUAAAUCACAUGAGAGAACACACACGGGAGAAAGGCCUUACCACUGUUCCCAGUGUGGUAUGAGUUUUACCCGGUUAAGGCAACUCAAAGAACACAAGAAUAAACACACAGGGGAGAAGCCACACCAGUGCUUUCAAUGUGGGAAGACUUUUACCCGGUCAGAGCAACUGAAAGAACAUAAAAUGAUACAUACAGGAGAGAAGCCUUUCCAAUGCUCCCAGUGUGGAAAGAGUUUCAUCCACUUAAAGACCCUGAAAAAUCACGAGAGAACGCACACAGGAGAGAAGCCACACCACUGCUUUCAAUGUGGAAAGACUUUUACCCGGUUAGGGAACCUGAAAGUACAUAAGAGAAUACACACAGGAGAGAAGCCAUUCCAAUGCUCUCAGUGUGGAAAGAGUUUCAUCCAGUUAGGGGACCUGAAAAGGCAUAAUAUAAUACACACAAGAUAGAAUGCUUACCUCUUCUCCCAGUGUGGAAAUUGAUAUUUCACAUCACACAGACUUAAAGUCAAUCAAAGAACAAAUACAGUGCUCCCAUUGUCUUAUUUGUUUUUACUGAGAAUGUAUUUUUUUUUAUGCCACAUGAAAUCUAAUUGAAUACACUGAGUAUACAAAACAUUAAGAA